CGAAAUCAGCAGUGAAGCAAGCAAUUACCUGGUGGCUGUUGAGUGGUGACCAACUACUGGUCGACUAGUAGCUGCAACCUGCAGUGUCACCGUCAACAGAGUCCAGCUUCAUCGCACCACCUACCUCCCAUUGCCAGCCCCGCCAACUCCGACCUACCUCGCCGCCCACCAUGGAAGCCACCGCCUCCACCUUCAUCUCGGCGCGGCCCACCCCGUCGUCGCUCCCCCAGCCCUCCCUCCGCCGCAGCCGGGUGCGCGUGCUGGCCGCGGCGCGGAGGAGGCCGUUGGCGGUUGCGACGGCGGCCUCGACGAGCAACUACGUGGUGCCGCUGGACGCCGCGCCGUCGGGGAUCACGCGCCCGCUCGUCGAGAUCCUCCGCGACCUCAACAAGCGCGUCCCGGACACCAUCGUGCUCCCCGCCUCCCGCCGCGCCUCCGCCUCCGACCCCGUCGUCCCCUGGUACCAUGCCAACCGGAUGCUCAGCUUCUAUGCCCCAGGUUGGUGUGGCGAGGUCCGUGAUGUUAUCUACGCUGACAACGGAAAGGUGACGGUGGUAUAUCGUGUUACAAUACGGGGAACAGAUGGAGAGGUUCACCGUGAGGCGGCUGGAACGGCGUCGCUGACCGACGCACGGCUCGACGACCCCGUGGCUGCCGCGGAGGAGGCGGCCUUCUGCAAGGCAUGCGCGAGGUUCGGGUUCGGGCUGUACCUGUACCACGAGGAGGAGGUGCUGUAGAGCCAGGACGUCAGCCUCAUCUCUCCCCCUAUUUGCAUUCGAAAGGUGGUCGCAGACCACAUCUAUCGUAUCAGAUGCCAAGCUCGCCAAAGUAUCAUCGACCACAUCAUGUAGUCGUGCACCAUGCGUACGAAGCUGUGCAUACGAGGCACGUCUUGUUUAUUACAUACAUCCCGUUUCCUGGCAAGUCACAGCAGCUGCUGUAAUCUCCUGCACGAUAUGAGCACCCAUGUGAUAAUUUUCAGCUAGUACGUACCUGUUGAUGUAUAAACAGCCAAAUCACAUUGACUAUUUUAGGGCUUGUUUGAUUCAAAGAAAACGUGUAGCAUUUUUCUAGGAUUUGGAUCUAUAGAGUUUUUUUUUUCUUCUACAAACCUUGUUUGAUUUAUAGGAUUGCAAUCGUUUGGAAUUUCUGCAAAGGAUCCAUUUAAACUAGUAUGUUUUGAGGAAAGUUUUCCUUCAC